AUGACUGAGGAGAAGAAGGCAAUUGUGAGGGAUCUCGGAUUCGGUGGAAUGAUGCACAUCCCACCACUAAGGGUGGAUCACCAACUCUUAAGGGAACUGGCAAACAACUUCAAAUUUGGGGAGAACAGACUGAAGACAGGAUAUGGUUCUUUCCAAAUAACACCAAAAACAAUAGGUGAUGCGCUUGGCAUCAAUGCAACAGAAAAUCUGUUUCCUGAGAAAGUUGAGUAUAAGAAACUUUCUGAUGAUGACAAAAUAAUUUUUAGAAGAUUCCAGGGAAAGACCCUCAAAAGUCUUACCGAUGAAAUGAUGGAAAUCGGCGUUGGCAACGAAGAGGAACGCCUGAUGUUCAAGAGGAUAUUCAUCCUCUACAUACAGAUGGCGUUCCUUUUGCCAACGACGAUAAACAAAAUAUCACCCGUGCACCUGGUCCCAAUUUUUAAGAUGGACGGCAUAUCGGAGAGAAACUAG